AGCAUCAGACUUUUAAUCUGAGGGUCCAGGGUUCAAGUCCCUGUUCGGGCGAACAAGUUUUAUGUGACCGUAGACUAAAUUACAUCACGUAUCACACAAUGAAAAUAGUAGUUAAGUGGUUAAAAUAGAGAAAAACAACAAUAACGCGAAGAAAAACAGACGUUGGUUGGUCACUGAGGGUGCACAUUAUGUAACAGGAAGAGCACUUAAAAGGCAAGUUGUCUGAAGGUAGUAGACAACAAGUCUCAGUGCGCUGAUGGAGUACACACUGCUUAUCGUCCUCUUUUUAGCAGGACCAUGUUUGUCUUUGCCUGCUCAGGUUUCCCCGAAUUUUGGAGCAAGAAGGCAAAGAAGCUACUCUGAAGAUAUUGAAGAGAAUCAAACUGCAAUGGACAGGAUCAUAGAUGUAAAUGACUAUCAAGGUGUCUUUUCUGUGGACGGCACCAAUCUCAGAGAAGGGGAUAUCGCUGUGUCUGGAAGGAGUCAGAAGAACUGUUUUGCCAGGAGCUGCUUGUGGACCAAAUCAGUGGAUGGAAAUGUCUACAUUGCAUACUCACUCUCUCAUGCGUACGACGAUGCAGACGUGAAGAACAUUAAGGAAGGUAUGGAGCUCAUCGAACAGGACAGUUGUGUACGUUUCGUGCCCAGAACUCACCAGAGGGACUACCUGGAUAUUCAGCCCAAAACAGGGUGUUGGUCAUAUUUGGGGGCACGUGGUGGUAGACAAACCAUUUCUCUGCAAUCGCCCGACUGCACUGGAUCUGGGGUCACCGUGCAUGAGCUAAUGCACGCUAUGGGCUUUGUGCAUGAACAAUCCAGAGCCGACCGGGACAAGUAUGUCACCAUCAUGUGGUCUAAUAUAUGGAAAGACAGGCUGAGGAAUUUCGAAAAGUUUAAAACGAACAAUUUGGACACCCCUUACGACUACAGCUCUGUGAUGCACUUUGGAAAGUAUGCCUUUUCUGAGGAUGGAGAACCAACUAUUGUGCCGAAAAGGAACUGGAAUGUGAAGAUUGGACAGAGAUUGGGACCCAGCGACUUGGAUAUAAUGAAGAUUAAUAAACUGUAUAACUGUAACAUGCAGUAAACUCCAUACAUAGCAACGACUGAUCCAUCAGAAGCAUUAUAUCUGAGAUUAAUGCUUAUUUUAUCAUUUUGCUUGACAUAAAUUGGUUGAU